AUGGCAUCAAUUGAUGCACAGUUGAGACAAUUGGCACCUAGGAAGGUUUCUGAAGAUGACAAGCUGGUGGAGUAUGAUGCUCUCUUGUUGGAUCGAUUUCUAGAUAUUCUUCAGGACUUGCAUGGAGAGGAUAUCAGAGAAACGGUUCAAGAAUCUUAUGAACUUUCUGCCGAGUAUGAAGGGAAGCAUGACCUCCAAAAACUGGAGGACCUUGGGAGAGUGCUUACUAGUUUGGAUGCUGGGGAUUCUAUUGUUGUUGCUAAGGCUUUUUCCAACAUGCUUAACCUAGCCAACUUGGCUGAAGAGGUUCAGAUAGCCUACAGACGCCGGGUUAAGUUAAAGAAGGGUGAUUUUGCUGAUGAGGCCUCUGCAACAACUGAAUCAGAUAUCGAAGAGACUGUCAAGAGGCUUGUGAUGCAAUUGAAGAAGUCCCCAGAAGAAGUUUUUGAUGCUUUGAAGAACCAGACGGUAGAUUUGGUCUUUACAGCACAUCCUACUCAGUCUGUCCGUAGAUCUUUGCUUCAAAAGCAUGGAAGGAUUCGGAAUUGCUUGACUCAGUUAUAUGCCAAAGACAUCACACCUGAUGAUAAGCAGGAGCUUGAUGAGGCUUUACAAAGAGAGAUCCAAGCUGCAUUUCGCACAGAUGAAAUCAGGAGGUCCCCUCCGACUCCACAAGAUGAGAUGAGGGCAGGAAUGAGUUAUUUUCAUGAGACAAUUUGGAAGGGAGUGCCAAAAUUCUUACGCCGUGUUGACACCGCUUUGAAGAAUUUGGGGAUAAAUGAACGUGUUCCUUACAAUGCCCCUCUUAUUCAGUUUUCUUCUUGGAUGGGUGGGGAUCGUGAUGGUAUGGUCUUUCUUAAGUGGCGAUCUAUUCUUGAGCAUAUUCUUUUGCAUCUGUUUGUUAGUUCCUAACAUGCUAGGAAGCCCCAAACGUAAGCAAAACUACCAAAAUAUUGGAAUUGGAGGGUACAUCAUGGAUAAUAGUUAUAAUAGUUUGACAUCCUCUACUACAUGAGCACUUCAAUAUGCCUGAGAUGUUGAAUAAAAACUAUCGGGUCGUCACUUUGUUGAAAACUUGAUUGUAGUAAUUGCACUGCAACACUAAAAAUUCUUUCAAGUCAUGUACAAGAAGACUUUCCUAAAAAUAGUAUUUGCCCCCACCAGUUGUUUAGAAAGGUGCGUACCGGGAAUUUCACAAAUUUGUUCUCAAGAUACAAUGAAGUUUCUCAAAUCUGUCCGCUUAUUGCACUUACAAAUACAGUACUCAAAUACCAAAAGAAAAUCAAGGAGUCACCUUCUAGUAUUUUGACUUUGUAGGAAAUAGAAUACUAGAUUUAAUAGAAAAUAAUAGAUGUAUGUGAAUUUGGGAGAAUGAAG